AUGAUUCUCGAAACUUUUACCCGAGUCUUCGUUGACGCCGAUCAGCUUGAAAACACCUUGAGUUUCUACAAGACCCUCCUGGGCGGCGAGGUGACCCUCCGAUUCCCGUAUCCCGAUAAAGGCCUCGAGAUCGCUGCUGUCUCAUCAACCCAACUUUCUGUCCUCAUCAUCGCUGGGCCAGAAGACAAGCGAGAGGCUUUCAGUGCGACCCAGCUGACUAUCAAAGUCGAUCAGCUCGAUAUUUAUGUGGCUGUUUUGAAUGCGGCAGGCUGUGAGCAUCUAGAGCCUGUGCAGGACACUCCCGCAGGGCGAAAGACACGAUUUCGGCACCCUGAUGGAAUGGUAGUAGAGUAUGUGGAUCACAAAUCCAAAUAA